AUGUUUUCAUUUUUGAGGGUAAACCUUCCAGAGUGGAGUGCAGGAAGUACACUUUUCAGCAGAUUCACAUCUUCAGCAGCAAAUAUGCUACUCGCUCGAAUGCGCCGCAUAAUUCAUCCGCUGCAGAUAGAAAGCAUAUCUUUCGACAUAAUAAAAGGCAUUUUUGUGCUGGAGGGCAUAAAUGCACAAAAUCACACGGAGGAGGGCCUUCUCGUGGAGAUUCGCAUAGAAGCUGCAGUAAUUCGCAGCAAUUGGUUCAACAACGAAGUCCCCAGCAUCCACUGCAGCAGUGCCCGCAUAAAGUGCAGUCGGACAGAGUCUCCAGGAAAGUGUAGAGAAAGCAAAAAAAAAAGUACACUUUCCAGAAUGCUUGAGGCUUUAUUCGGGCGCGUGUACAAGGCGCUUUCCUGCAGGGUGGAGGCAGAAAGUGUUCAGAUGCUCUACAAAGGAUACGCUUUCUGUGGGAAAAACCUCUCGGCAGAAAAAGCCCGGGACGGGUGGAGAGUUUUGGGAGAGUUUUCCGGGGAGAGUUUUGGGGUGAAUCUUCGGGAGGGAUCUGUCCGCGGGUGGAUAUGCCCGGAAAGGGCGGAAGUUUCUGCGGAAGUCUGCGGGAGUGUGGACUUGCACGCGCUGGAGGCGGGGGCUUCACAGAUUUUGGAGGACUUUUCUGGGAGGCAUAGAGAGAAAAAACCUGAAAAUUUCAAACCUGAAAAUAACGGGGUGGUUUCCUUAUUGGGAAAUUAUCCCGUAAAAUUCGAAAUUUCAGGUUCUCUUCAGAUGCGAACGUCCCAGGAGGCGAAGCCCUUGGAAGUCUCGAUAGAGGCGUCCGGAGAGGGCACGGGGAAGGCUGCAGCAGGAAAGGCCCGGGUUGAGGCUACCUACAGGCACAGCACCGUGAAAACACGGGCAAAUGCCCGCCUUGCAGAAGAAAGCGGGAAAAAGCCCGCGCUGCGGGUCCACGUGCAGAAGACGCAGGCGGAAAUAGACAGGAAAGACGCGGGGGAGAUAGGGCAUAUGGUGGGUGCUGUUAGAAAAAUUUUAAGAGUGUUUUUCUAUAGACCUGAACCUGAAACUUCCUCAUUAGGAAAUGACAGUUGCACUCCCAGCAAAUUUUGCACUUUCCUAUCGAUUUACAAAACAAGCGUGUUUUUCCUGGCAGGCAGAAACAGCGUGCACUUCCAGGCAAGACAGGCCUUCUUUGCCUUCGAGAAAAGCCAGGUUCGCAUGGGCGGGCUCUGCAUGUGCACCGUAAGAAAUAGCCUCCUCCACGAAAAAGAGCCUUUUAUUGUAGGGAUAAGCGCGCUUUCCGAGUACGCAAAGGAAAACGGGGUUUUGGACGUGCAGGCUCUUGACGUGGGCGUGAACAGCUUCGCACAGGCUGUUGUGAUGGGGGUUUUGCUCGGGGCAGAAGGGAAAGGCGCUAGAAAAGGGGAGCCCCUGAAAAAUAGAGACAAAAAAAUUGCAAAGGUUAACGGCAUUUCCCAAAUUGGAAAAGUUGACUCCGAUGAGGGAAAUAUCGCACCAGAAGACGGAAACAUCCGCAUAAAGAAGUGCACAGUAUCAGGGAAGCUCGGGGCAAACCACCUUGUGGGCGUGGGGACGGACCUUUUCGUGGGAAGUUCGGGAGUCCUUUUUGUAGACGUGUUUGCCGCAUUCGUGAACGGAAAGAGCCUUUGCACAGCGACGCCCGUCCACGUGCUCUUAGGGGACUCGCUGGAAAUAGCCUGCACAAACACGGAGAUACACUUCCCCGGGGAUGCCUUUGUCGUGCAGGUUGUGCGAGAGUGCAGGGCCAUGUACGCCUGCAUAAAAGAGGGGAAGGCCGAACCUGAAAUUUCCGCAUUAGGAAAUGUCGUUUUUUCAGAUAAAAAUUUGCAGGACUCACCCAAGGAGAAAACACUGCCAAGUUCGGACGGGGGUUCUGUUCCAGGGCAAGGCUCUUCAGGUAUGAUCUCCCUGAAGAACACGACCGUGCAUCUUCCCCUGCACGGAAGCACAGUCACUCUGCACUCGCCGGAGACCGUCCUGGGAAUAGACACGGAAGGAUUUCAGAUUUUGAAAUUAAGCGUAAGUGUUUUGUAUAAUUCCUGUACACUUUGCGUUCUGUCGAAUAAGCUGCUCUUUCUCCUGCGGGAGAGGAGAGUGGACGGGGCCUUCUCCUGCAAAGGACACGUGGACGCCGACUUGUACGUGUACAUGGUGAACAGGGCACUUUUCAUACAGGAAAUAUACACUAUGGUGACAGAUGACGUAAUUUCAGACAUUUCUGUAUACGAAAACAGGGCAACGGAUCUUUCUCCAAAUAAGGAAACAUCGCCCGAUGCGGAAAAUGGCUCGGAAAAAAGAGAAAGCACCGCAGCAGACGACUCUGUCUCCGAGGAAAAGCCAGACAAAGCCCCCGCAGAGACACCAGACACUCCAAAAGAGAGGACAGAGGAGACUCCUCUCAUUGUCGCCAUCUUUUUCGACGUAAGCGUGUACCUCGUUAAAAACAAGAAUACUCUCUGCAAGGUCAUCAAUAGCGUAUCUCUGGAAAUUUUUAAGAGACACUUUUUUUCAGGAACAGUCGCACUCUCAGAUACGAAAGUGUGGGCGGACGGAUCCCUCGUCUGCUCGGCCCCAGAAGUUUCCGUUGAGCUCGCAAAGACUUCGGAGAUCGAAAAGGCCUUCAACAUUCUCGUUGGAAAAGUAUCCGUCUCAGACGAUAUUGGCCUUUUCCUGGACAUUUACACAGUUCUCCACAGGGUAAACUUCGUAAAUAAUAUCCCCUCUGUGGGAAUGCCCAUAAGCAUAAAGAUCCGCGUCUCACAGGUCAGCAUAAAAUCAGACCCUCUCGAAGUCGACAUCCGGAACCUCCUCGUGAUCAACGCAUACAUGCAAUUUGAGACCCUCUUUUUCCUCGCGAAAAAGCCUCUCCUGGCCUUUGCCCCAUCACCUCCACCGGAAAAAUCGGAAAAAUCGGAAAAAUCUCGGGAAAGUGAAAAAUCUUCCCUAAAAGUGACCGUUAGGAUCUCAGCGCAUGAAAUGCAGGAAAUCCACGCGGUUGUUGACCCCGUGGAAACACGGACGCUCUCCCAGGAGGAAAUAGCCGAUCUCCUGCGCGUGGGGAGGACUCUGAACGUGAAAAGACUCCAGAAGUACCCAGUCCCUGGAAAUUCCAUCUUCCGCGUGGAAGUUCCCUCGAUAAGAAUUUCAACGGCAAAACCUCCUAUUAUGGCGUGCUUGAGGCAGUUUUCCCUCUCCGCAGUGCAGCUGCAAAGCAGUCCCUCCGUGACUGUCGAAGGCUCUUUCCUCUUCAGAGUCUUCGUCCGAAUCCGAGAGACAAAGCAGCGCGAGAUCAUGUGCGAGACAGUGCCCGUUUUUCUGAACUUCCAGACGCAGAAGUCCCUCGAAAAGGAGGAAGUAGGCUUCUGCAGUGUGCCCUGCGGGGAGAUUUCGGACCUGAAAAGCGAGUCUCUUUUGGUGCUUGUCGCUUCCUUCAUCUUCAAAGACACAAUCCGGGUCCGGCUCAGCAAGAAAAUUGUCGAGUCUUUUGAGCCAGAGGAGAGGAAGAUCCUGCUCACGAACUUGACGAAUACGAAACUCGCCCUAGAUGGUGCUCUCGUCUUAAACUCUCUCAUUUUGGAGCCUCUUUGCAGCACGAAGAUCCACCCGGACGCAGUAAUUUCAGCAGAAAGUGCCCGGAUAUUCGACACUUUCACGCCUGGAACGAAAAAAGUCGUUGAAAUGUCCGGGAAAACGUACUUUGGGACUUUCACGGAGGAAACAGCCGUUAUUCGCGGGGGAACCAACUUCAAAAACAUCACGGACAUCACAAUUGCGGUUGAAGUUCGGAAUGAGCAGGUUUUUCUCUCGUCUUUUUCCGAGUGCUCGCACGCAGAGAUGCUUUCAGACUUCGCUGUUCGCCUGGAGGGGUCGGAAACGCGCUCGCGCGUGGGAUUUUCUCUCCCGGAAAGCGGAAAGUUCCCGGAUGGGUCCAUGCACGUCCUGGGGAAGAGAAAAAUAGAACAUAAUAGCACUUUUAUAAGUGCAGUCUGCCUUUUGGAAGUUCAUGGAAAUAGUUCGGUCCUGCACUUUCUCUUUCACCACGACUUCGUCAUCAGCAACUUCACCCCGUCCCCCGUGCACUUCGAGAUAAAAAUUUCUGCAAAGUCGAAGGUCGAAAAAAUCGUUGGAAAUUCGCUCUCCGGGGAGGUAAAGCAGCUCUCCGGGAGUGUUUCCGUUGAGGAAAUGAAGAAAGUCCGGCUCCGCAUAAAUGCCAAGGCCGACAUAAGCAACAUCUUCGAAGAGUCGACCUGCAAAGUCUCCGUUACGAAGGGAAUAGUCGCAGUGAAGGAGGUGAAAAAUGUGCUUAUAAGCGGAUUCCCGGUCGACGUGGGAAUUUCCCAAAUCACCGUUUUCCCCGUGGUAGUCGCAAUUAACAAGACCCCAGACGCGCUCAGCCUCAGGUCCGGGAGCUCGCUCGUCGAACUUCCCCUGAACGCGCAGGUUCCCCUCCACACGGCCCGGGAGAGGCACAGCAUCGUCUUUAACGGGGCAGAAAGCCCCAGUUUCAGCUCGAAGAUACAGUAUAAUACCGUGUUUCUCGACGUAAAAACAGAGGCCCUGAAUAACUACCUGGUAAACGUAUACUCCGGGGAAGGGGCAAAGGAAAAGAUAAAAUUUGUGGUCGUAGAGUGUGCGAAUGUCGUAAGAAACCUGACGGGGCUCGAUCUCACGAUUAUCACGGACAGGGAAUUCUUCUGCGGGACGGGGGAAGACGUUCCCCUGCACUUCCCCAGGAAAAAAGGCGCGAGUUGGAUCCGCUUGGGAAGGCCGGGAGCGUAUCCGGAGGCGGAAAAAGGCGGAAGUUCAGCCCCGAAUCUCCAGGAAAAACAUAUUUCAACGGAAAAAUUUUCAGAUCAAAAAUCAAACCUGAAAACAAACUCCCUCUUCACAUUCGCAGGAGGAUUUGAAGAAGAUUUGGGGGAUUCCUUGGGGGCAAGCUAUCUCCCGAUGGAGGGCCUGAAGAAGCACUUUGUGAAGAUAAACUCCGUUUUUUCAGAGGCUCCUUCCGCAGGAGUCAUCUCUUCCGUGGUUACAGGCCAGCAGGACGCAGUGAACCCGCAGGAAAGAUCGAUAAAUAGGUCGAUCCUCCUCUCAGUGACGAUACAGAGCCAUAACUCCCAGAGGAGAAUAAUCCUGAAAAAAGAGAGAAAGUGGCCGUACCUGAUAAAAAACACGUCAAAAUCCGUUAUGAAAUUCGCACAGAAAGACCACCCAAUAGAGUACGUCCUGCACCCGGGAGAGUCUCUCCCGUACUAUUGGGACAGCUUUAAGGCGCAAGCCGCCUUCAGAGUUUCCGUUGGAAAGACCGUUUUGGAAAUCCGGAAUUUUUCUGUUGUAUCCGCAGAAGGCUUUAAGCUCACACUUUCCUCGGAGAGAGACCGGAAAAUUCUCACCCUCUCAGAAGAAGACACAGAGACGGGAGUCGAACCCGCGCCCAUCCAGGGGACCCUCUUAAAGCUCCGAACAGGCAGAGUCUCCUUCAGCCUUAUAGAUAGAGCAGAAAACGAGUUUUCAGCCUUCCAUCUUUUCAACAUAAAUGCAGUCUUCCUGGUCUCAGAUAACGGAUGCGAGUUUAUGGUGAAAACAGGAAGCGUCCAAAUGGACAACCAGGAGCCCCGCGGGUUCUACCCCAUUCCCCUCCAUACGCCUAUUUCCUCGGAUGUUUUGACCGUUUCCGGGUGGGUUUUGGACCGGUUUACAGUCAGGUACCUUAGCGUGGUUAUGCUCCCGGCAGUUGCGGAAAUCGAAGAGGUAUACAUUAUGAAGGUGAUCAGACACUUUUUCUCGCUGAAUGAGCCCACGGAGGACCCGAAGUACUUUAUCGUGUGCAGCAGGUGCAAGCUCCUCCGAUGUAAAUGCACUUUUUCAGAUCCUGAACCUGAAAAAUCAGGUUUGAUGGAGAUUGGGUACCUGAAAAUUGAAGCGAUAAAGUUCAAGUGCUCGUUCAGGCGCGCGGAGAAGGGCUCUCUAGUCCCGCUUUCCUCAGUGUUCUGCAACAUAACGAGCAGUAAAGUAGCCCUUCCCCCCGUUGAACUCUUCGACAUCUACGCAGAGUCCUCGGAGAUCUGCCAGAUCAUAGGGAGAACGUACAAAAGAGGACUCAUACGGAAUAUCGUCUCUCUAGUGCUCUCAGCGGAUAUAAUGGCUUCCCCGGGGGAGCUCUUCGACAAGCUCGGGGUAGGAGUCCACGACCUCAUUUACGCCCCGUAUAGGGCCCUCGAUAAUCCGAUGCUUCUUUCCAGGCACCUUCUAAAGGGAGGAAAAAGCCUUGCCACGAACGUAGUCACGGGAGUCGCUGGAUUCGUGGGGAAUGUAAUGGGGAAGUUCUCCCAGAAACUCGCGGAUAUUUCGAUGGACGAGACUUUCGCAGAAGCACUUCGGGAGACCAGCUGUACGUACGUGGAAGAGGCAGAUCUGGGACUUCCCGUGAGAAAGACGCAUCUCUCAAAGGCAGGGGAGAAGUUCAUGGGAUCAGUCAUCAGCGGAUUUAAGGGCGUAGUCCACAGUCCCAUGCAGGGAAGAAGGUCGAAUGGCCUCAGUGGAAUGGUCCAGGGGGUGGGAAAAGGCCUUAUUGGAGCAAUAAUAAAGCCCAUCUCCGGAGCAGUUGGACUUGUCCAGGGAAUAUCAACGAGUAUCUCCGGAGUCCUUGGAGAUGAUGCGCCUCUCCUGAGGAUUCAGCUCCCAAGAGCCCCUUCUCUCGACGGAGUCCCAUGCGAGUACGAGUUCGAGAGAAAUGCAUACUUCCGGGCGUAUUCUGUGCUGGCUCGGAGUGAGGGGGAGAGAAAAGGGGAGAAGUUCCUCACGGGGGGAAUUUGCUCGCGGAAGUAUAUCGGAUGGUCAGUCCUGAUUUCAACGAAAAGGCUCAUUCUGUACAAUAAGGAGGAGACGCAGGAAGUCCUUGGAGUGCCAAUUGCCGAGAAAGUCGAGGGGGAAAGAGACACUCUCGUCUCAGUCGGAGCCCUGGAGGUGCAUUUGGAGGGAGUGCGCGUGUUCAAGGACAUGCAGAAGUAUAGUAACCUGAUGGUGCACCAUAAAGAAGGCAGUGAAUAA